AGUUUUUAUCCAAGUGACUAAAUCUGCUGAAGGUAAAUUCUGAGGGAGCAAGGAAAAAGAAAGGGAAACAAAGGACAGGGAAGGAGAGUCAUGGCUUCCUUUAGCAGUCUCUUAUACGAAGAGCAGCUCCAGUGCUCCAUCUGUCUGGAUGUGUUCACUGAUCCAGUCUCGACUCCAUGUGGACACAACUUCUGUAAGAUCUGUCUUAAAGACUUCUGGGACAACAGUUCACAUUACCAGUGUCCAAUGUGCAUUGCGGAUUUCCCCAAAAGACCUGAUCUCUGUGUGAAUACUUUCAUUUCUGAACUGAGUGCUCAGUUUAAGAUGUCAGCUCAGGUGAAGUCCAGCAGCGCUGCAGAUCAGCCUUCAUACCUAAAACCUAAAGGGGUUCUGUGUGACUCCUGCACUAAGGAAAAGCUCGAGGCUCUCAGGUCCUGUCUGGACUGUGGAGUCUCUUUAUGUAUUACUCAUCUGAUGCCUCAUAAAAGUACAGCUAAAUUAAAUAAACACAAACUGAUCGAGCCUGUGGAGAACCUGGAGGACUACAUCUGUCAGAAACAUGAGAGACCCCUGGAGCUGUUCUGUAGAGACGACCAGAUGUGUGUGUGUCAGUUCUGUAUUUUGGGAGACCACAAGAAUCACACCAAUGUUCGUAUGGAGGAGGAAAGUCAAGAGAAGAAGAGUCACCUCGUGGAGACACAGAAACAUGUUCAGAAGAUGAUCCAGAACCGACAGCAUAAGAUUGAGGAACUCAAACAGUCUGCUGAACUCAAUAAAAAACACACAGACAAGGAAAAAACAGAAAGUGUGAAGAUGUUCAGUGCCCUGAUGCGCUGUAUUGAAAGAAGCCAGGUUGACCUGUUGAAGGUAAUAGAAGAAAAGCAGAAAGCAACCGAGAGGCAAACAGAACUGUUCAUUCAAGAGCUGGAGCAGGAAAUCAAUGAACUAAAGAAGAAAAACAAUGAGAUGGAGCAGCUCUUACAUACACAGGAUCACAUCAAGUUCCUACAGAGUUACCCAUUUCUUCAUGGACCUUUACACAAUAACAAUUGGAAUAAUCUCAGAAAUAAAUCUGACCUGAGGAUGGAGACACUGAGGAGAGCUCUGUGUCAGCUUCAGGAGUCUCUCAAUGAGGAGAUUAAAAAGCUUCCAGAGACUGAACUGAAGAUAUUUCAACAAUAUGCAGUGGAAGUGACUCUGGAUCCUGACACAGCAAAUCCUAAACUUAUGCUGUCUAAUAAUAGGAAACAAGUGAGAUAUAGCAACAAAAGACAGAAUGUUCCUGAUAACCCAGAGAGGUUUAAGCGUUGUGUCAAUGUGCUGGGAAAGGAGGGAUUCUCCUCAGGGAGAUUUUACUAUGAUGUGCAGGUCCGAGGGAAAACAGCUUGGGAUUUGGGAGUGGCCCGAGAGUCCAUUAACAGGAAGGGGGAAAUUAUGUUCAGUCCAAAGAAUGGAUACUGGAUUUUGAUGCUGAGAAAUAAGACUGAAUAUAAGGCUUGUGAAUCUCCCCUCGUCCCCCUGAGACUGAAACAGGCUCCUCAGAAGGUUGGGGUGUUUGUGGAUUAUGAAGGAGGUUUGGUCUCCUUCUAUGAUGUUGAGGCCAAGUCUCAUAUUUACUCUUUCACUGGUCAGACUUUCACUGAGAAACUCUAUCCAUUCUUCAGCCCUUGUCUUAGUAAUGGUGGUAAAAACUCAGCACCGCUGAUCAUCAUGUCUAUUGAACAUUAUUUUCCCACAGAAGCCAGCUUCACAGAAUAAGAAGAAAAACCAAUACCUUCUGGAAUU